AUGCUCGCCACCCAGGCAACUCGCAGGCACGAAGAGAGGAUCCAACACCUGGAGGCCGUGGUACAGUUCCUUUUGUUGAAGGCAGACCCCAUCCAAGUUCCGGUCGCUCCAGCAGCCUCACCUAACGUUGAUAAGUUCCGAUACUCGACCGGUCGAGGGCUUGAGCCUAUUGUAUCCGAGGAGACAGCGCGGUCCUUGAUAGCCGGCUGGCAAUGUGGACAACUAAGAUGUCCGGGAGAGAAGUCACCUUCCCCUGCAGCAUGCCCCACCACCUUUGCCAGCAAUAACACCAGUCUCCCCCUGAAAACUCUUGCCUCAAGCUCCCCUCAGGCAGAAUUGUGGCAGCCCCAACCGACCCUUCCUCCUCGACCACGGGCCACCACCCUGACGCUUAUCCACCUGCACUCGGAGGCCCAGCCUGCACCCUCCACGCCGGCCUCCUCAGCGUCCUGGCCCUCGCCACCCCCCCCUCGCGAACGGCCAGCCCCGCCGGACCAGCCCGUCCUCUUUGCCUCCCCCCAGGCCGUCGAAGGCCGCUGCAGCGUGGACAAGCCGCUUGGCACCAAUCUUCCCAGGCUCGGGCUCGCCCAACUCGACUACCACAACGCCCUCGCCAUCCUCCCCAUCGACCUCUGCCUUUACACCCAGCUCAGCCACCUUGCCGCCGCCGAACUCCGCCCGCUCCUCAAGCCCUUUGGACCCCACGUCCAGCCCAGCCUCACCUCCACCGCUACACCACACUCGCCGCAGCCCAACUCCUCCUCCAGCCAGAAGCUCCAAGCCCAUUCUUGCCUGCACAUUCAAACCACCCCCGGGCACUCGCGCGACAUCCCAAGCGCCAGCUGCCCAACCAGACCGGAAGCACCCCGCCGGCGCCAACCGCAGCGAGCCUUGAUCAGCUCGCGCACGCCCUCGCCUCCCCUCCAUCCCCUUGCCAACCCAGCCCCCAUCGAGAAAGGCCAGCCCAGCCUCCCCGCGCCCUGCGAACCCCUCAAUGAAGUCCCUCAGAGAUUCUCCCAGCUUCCGGAUUUACCCCCAGGCAUGCACAAGCCCAACCACCCUGCCCGUCCAGCCUAA